UAGACACCGAUAGCCAGCACUCGUCUCGUCCCUUUCGUGCUCGACGUCUCAACACGUGCACAGUCUGCCCGGCUCUUCCAUCGUCUCUGCUUGUUUAAAGGAAUCAUCCAAUAUGUCUGGAAAAACCGCUGAUCCUCUGUCCUUUGCCAAGGAUUUCAUCGCUGGUGGUGUUUCUGCCGCAGUUUCUAAGACGGCCGUCGCCCCAAUUGAACGAGUCAAGCUGCUCCUCCAGGUUCAACAUGCGUCGAAACAGAUCACGGCCGACAAGCAGUACAAGGGUAUUGUGGAUGCAUUUGUCCGCAUUCCCAAGGAACAGGGCAUUGGAGCCUUUUGGCGUGGUAACCUUGCCAAUGUUAUCCGUUACUUCCCCACACAGGCCCUUAACUUUGCCUUCAAGGAUGUCUACAAGAACAUCUUCAUGAAGGGAGUUGACAAGAAAACACAGUUCUGGAAGUGGUUUGCUGCCAAUCUUGCAUCUGGUGGUGCCGCUGGAGCUACCUCCCUUUGCUUUGUCUACCCAUUGGACUUUGCCCGUACCAGGUUGGGUGCCGAUGUCGGCAAAGGAGCUGCCGAGCGCGAGUACACUGGUUUGGUUAACUGCCUAUCCAAGACCUUCAAAUCUGAUGGUCUUGUUGGUUUGUACCGUGGAUUCAACGUCUCCGUGCAGGGCAUCAUCAUCUACCGCGCUGCCUACUUCGGUCUUUAUGAUUCUGCCAGCGGCAUGUUGCCUGACCCCAAGAAGACCCCACUCUUAAUCAAAUGGAUGAUCGCCCAGGUUGUGACCACUGCUUCUGGUAUUGUCUCCUACCCAUUCGACACUGUCCGUCGUCGUAUGAUGAUGCAGUCUGGUCGCGCUAAGAGCGAUAUCAUGUACAAGAACACCAUUGACUGCUGGGCCAAGAUCUACAAAGCUGAGGGCGGCAAAGCUUUCUUCAAGGGAGCUCUUUCCAACGUUCUCCGAGGCACUGGUGGUGCUCUUGUCCUCGUCUUCUACGAUGAACUCAAGACCUUGAUUGGUUAAACCUAUCAAUCUUGGCUUGUUAAUUUUUUUUUUUUCGUAGACAAAUCCCUAACAUCUGUGCAAAAGAAUUACCAAUCAAGGUAUGCGGAAUACGAGACCCAAUUAGAAAUGUACCAAGCUCUGUAAUAAGUAAAGAAGAAUUCCAUCAGCUGUGUCCAUUACACGAUCGUUGACAUCCACCUCAGCAUUGAGAAUCUAUUUCAUUUCCUGCCUCAAUUGUUUGUAUAACAUGACUGGGAAUAAGCAACAAAAUAAGGCUCACUACCCUUCUCUGUUGAAUAUGUGCAACCCAAGGGCAAGUCUACCCUGAUUUUUAACGAAAGAAGGCCUUGUAAGCCGAUUACGUUAUAAAAAAUCAAUACAAUAGGCAAGAAUUAGUGUA